UACGGCUGUGAAAUGCCCUGUAAAAAACGUGAUGACUAUUUGGAAUGGCCUGAAUAUUUUAUGGCUGUAGCUUUCUUAUCAGCACAAAGAAGCAAAGAUCCAAGUUCGCAGGUUGGUGCUUGCAUUGUGAAUUCGGAGAACAAGAUCGUUGGGAUUGGAUACAACGGCAUGCCCAAUGGAUGCAGUGAUGACUUGCUACCUUGGUCGAGAACAGCAGAUAGUAAACUUGACACAAAAUAUCCCUACGUGUGUCAUGCUGAACUGAAUGCCAUAAUGAACAAGAACUCUGCGGACGUGAAAGGCUGCAGCAUGUAUGUCGCCUUGUUUCCGUGUAAUGAAUGUGCCAAGCUCAUCAUCCAAGCAGGUAUAAAAGAAGUUAUCUUUGUGUCAGACAAAUAUCAUGACACUCCUGAGAUGACAGCAGCACGGCUUUUGUUUGAUUUAGCUGGGAUUAUUUACAGGAAAUUCAAACCAAAGUGCAGUAAGAUAGUCAUUGAUUUUGAUUCAAUUAACACCAGAUCAAGUCAAAAGCCUCUGUGAGUUACAUCUAAUUACAUUUCUAGAAGAUUGUGAUAAUCCUUUUCUGAGAAGCUGGUAAUGCCUUUCCCCUUGCAGUUAGGCAUAACU